GCAGCACCGGCCCCCGGGAAAGGGGUGUAGUGCCCGCCGGUGCCUCCCCUCCCUGGCCGCGGGAAUGAGGAAGCAGCUCCUGCCACCUUCAACCAUCACUCGGCAGUGUAGAUCCCCACUGGCACCAUCCCCUGGCCCUGUAUCCCCGGGUGCAGGACUUUGCCCCCACUUAGGGAGUUGGGGUGCAGGCUCUGGACAUGGCUGGGCAAAGAGGAGGGCUGCCCCUGCUGCUGCUGAGCCUUGCCGUGCUGGACGUCAUGCUGGGGACCACCAUCACAGAUGUGACAGCAACCGUGUCCACGAGUGUCCCUACCUCCCUGACACCUAUGGAGACCUCAGCACGGCUGCCCACCACUGACCCCACCACUGCAGCCACCCUCCCUCCUUCCAGCCCUGAAACCUCUACCCUGGAGAGGCCCAGCACAACCCCAGGGACUAGCAGUUUCUCACCAUCUACUACGCCUCUUGUCGCUGCAGCCACUCUCCCCUCCUCCAGCCCUGACACCUCCACCUCGGAUGCUUUCACAGCCAGCACUGUGCCUCUGGGCAGCAGUCCGGCAGCCUCAAGCAUCACCACACGGCAGGCAACGGGUAGCACAGCCCUUAGCACUCCUUAUGGCACCUCGGCACAGCCCGAGCCCACCCAAACAGGGCUGGGGCUCACCACCAGCACCCUGACACCAACUCCCGUGGCCACGACACCCAACUGUACUUAUUCGACCACCGCCACGUCUGGGGGGACGAGCACGGCGCUGGCUGUCAGCUCGUUUGGAGUCGAAACGAGCACGCUGCCUGCCCCCACCUCUACUCCUUUCUUCUCCACCGGGGUGGGCACCACGCUUGGUAUCACCACCCGCCAAGAGCCAGCCGUGACCACACUGCUUGGCAGCACAUCCCUAGGGACCGGCAGCGCCUCUUCCCCCACCGCACCAGCUCCGGUAGUCAUUUCGGAUGAACCCCAGUCGACCACGUCGAACACCACGGCCACCCCCGUCACCAGGACGGGGGGCUCCGGGAGCACCCUCACCCCCAGCCAACCGGCCGGGACCACCGCUGGCACCUCCUCCGAGACACCCAGUGCCGCCGCGGGGACCACCAUCACAGAUGUGACAGCAGCCGUGUCCACGAGUGUCCCUACCUCCCUGACACCUAUGGAGACCUCAGCACGGCUGCCCACCACUGACCCCACCACUGCAGCCACCCUCCCUCCUUCCAGCCCUGAAACCUCUACCCUGGAGAGGUCCAGCACAACCCCAGAGACCAGCAGUUUCUCACCAUCCACCACGCCUGCUGUCACUGCACCAGCACCGACAGCCGCUUCAGCUGAGCCCUUGACAACCCUGACAGACAGCACAGCCUUCUCCAUUAGCAGCACGGAGGUGUCCAGCAGCAGCCCCACAUCCGGGAGCACCCCUGGCAUCUCCAACUCAACCAUGGGGUCAGCCCCAGGCAUGUCAACAGUAUCUGGGACUCUCAGUGCAGCUACGGGCACGGAGCCCUCUUCCCCUGCUGCCAGCUCAACCCAGGCCACAGAGGUUGCCUUCAGCACCUCUGCAGAUCUGCCAACGAUGCUGCCUGUCUGCCCCACCACCACAUCCAACACCAGUUCAUCUCACCUCUUUCUGUCACUGCGGCUAACUGUGCCCCUGGACCUGGGCAACACCACGGUGCAGGAGCUGCUGUUGUCCAAGCUCCGCAGGGACCUGCAGACAGCGUUCCCGUGUGCUGGCCUGGCGGUGGAGUGGCGAGGGAAGAGGAGGACCUGACCACUGCUCCUCACCCAGCCAGCACCCACAUGGACUGGCAAGCCUGCUGCUGCCAGCUCCUAACUCCACAGUGGUGCAGCCCUUUGGGGUAACCUGUACAGCUCCCCUUGAACCUGGGACACCCUGUCCUUCACUGCGCAUCCUCAGAGGACCCCCAGUGCCUCCCUGUGGGCUGGGGUGCCCCUGCCCCUUCCCUCAGCCUGUCCGUAGAGCCUGAGCUCUCCCACCAUCCUGCACCAGACCCGGCGCUGCCAGGGGACCAAGAAGAGAAGGUCCUGUGGGAAUGGGCUUUUACAGCUGCGGCUGGGGUAGCUCAGCUGUGAAAUCCACCCUGGGGACCAAUGGACAAGAGACAGGAGAUCUGGAGCCCCCAGUGCUGCUGUGCCCAGGGCACUCGGGGGCUCAGUGGUGGUAACCUCCAAGGAUUUGCAAGCCAGGGAGACUGCAGUGCCUGGGGUCUUCAAGAGAUGAUUCAUGGCUGCUUUACAUCCAGAGUGGGCCAAGGUGGAGCCUGGGUUGGCUCUGGGAAGGAGGCAGGAGAGGAAAAGAGCCUGCUCCUGCACUGGAGCCCUGUCCCAUCGCCAGCUGAGCUCCUGAGCACCACAGUGCAGCAGGCAAGUGAAGCUGGAGCCUGGCACAGCAGCUCUCCCCAGCUCACCUGCGGUAUUGCUGACAGGAGCACACCCAUGCUAACCAGGCUGUGCAGUAAAGGGAAAUCCCAUGUUUUCCACGGCAAAGAUGAUGACUUCUUUUUUUUUCCAAGUCGCCUUCCCCAGUUUUCAGCUUCUCCAUCUAGCAGAGGUAUCAGCAAGGAAAGCCAGCUGAGUCCCAAAAGCUUCACAGCAGAGAGAUGAGCUCAGGGCUGUUCCCCCUGGCAGGGGCUGCUGCAAACGUUCCGAGGAUGGCUCGGUAUGCUGACAGGCUGGGGGUCCCUGCUUGGGUUCUGUCUGCCCCAUGCCACUCAUGUGCACCAUGUGGCUGUGGAAAUCCCGUGGGCUGUGCUCCUUCCUGUUUUUUUCCAGUCCCCAGCUAAGGAGACGGCCACAACAUCUAUCCCCCUGCAGCAAAGUCAUUUAUUAACUGAUUAAUUAGCCAGAUAAAAUCCAACUGAAGCAAUUAUUAGCCUAAGCAAGUCACCUCGCCGGGAGAUUGAAAACUGAAAUAAUUAGCAAAAUAGC